UUGGUGCUAAACUGUAUGCCAUGCAUCAAGAAAUGCUGCGAGAUAUCGUUUCUCAGGCUGAUGUGAUUUGCACGACGUGCGUUGCUUCUGCAAGUGUGGCUCUGAACGUUGUUGAUUUUCCCGUGGUAUUUCUGGACGAGGCCUCCAUGUCCACUGAGCCCGCAUCGUUGAUACCGUUGAUGAAAGGGUCGCAGCAUGUUGCUCUGAUUGGUGACCAUAAGCAACUGCCACCUAUUAUCACAAGUCGAGAAGCGAAGCUGAAAGGUCUAGGAAUCAGCCUAUUCGAGCGACUCGCAGAAGAAGGAGUUGUUCCGUCCAUUAUGCUUGACAUUCAAUACCGCAUGCACCCAACUAUAUCGCACUUUCCAUCAUUAGAGUUUUAUAAUUUUUCCUUACAAAACGGAACUGUAGAUGCUUCUGGUAACACCACUCCUUCUCUGUUACCUCCACUAUCUAGCCAUCUGGAAGUCAAUUUGGAGACUGGAAACAGGCCCUCUGUCGUGUUCCUGGAUCAUACCGGUUCGGAGAGCGCUAGAGAUCGCAGCAGAGUCAAUUGGAACGAAGCAAAUAUUGUUUGCAGUGUGGUAGAAGAUCUUUUGUUACAAAACGAGCACCUUAAAGGAAAGGAUAUUGGCAUAAUCGCUCCCUAUGCUGCUCAGAUAUCUCUACUCACCCGACUCCUGAAUACGAAUGCAAAGUACCAUACUCGCUUCAAAAAUGCCCUGGGAGAUCAUCGCGUCAUGCAGCUGUCCAAUAUCGAAAUCAAAACAGUGGACGGAUUCGAAGGUCGGGAAAAAGAAGUCAUCAUUUUCUCGACUGUACGUAACAACACGUCCGGGUACAUCGGUUUUCUCGCAGAUAGGAGGAGGCUGAACGUUGGCCUCACCCGCGCCAAACGGGGCUUAUUCGUGGUUGGGAGUAUCAGCACGCUCAAAGCUGGUAAACUGAGCAAAUCUAAUGGUAAUACCGGCGUGGAAGGUCAAUCGGUCAUACACGGUGGUAAAGGCGCAGAGGCUUGGCGGAGAUACGCUGAGUAUCUGUGUGAACAUGGGAUGGUUGUGCAGCUCAGUGGGGACAAGCUGAGGAAGGUCUUGUAUGGGAACAUGCCAAGCACACGAGUAGAGACGCACAGUCUUCGUGUGACGGCUUGAUGGAGACACGAGACGGCGAUUGAACACUAUAGUAAUACUGAUUAUAAUGGCAUGUAUUUUACAGCAACAUGGGCAUUCAGACAGGAUAGAGUAUACAGUAAUGAUAGAUAGUAGCGCAGUGGGGAAGUAUCCAUGUAUGACCUCAGUACGUGUUCUCUUCUAAAGCGUCUAUUUUCUGACUGGGUGACGGUGAAAUAGAGUAUACUAUAUA